AUGACUGUCCAUGAUAGCAAGGCCAUUCAGAGCAAGAUGCUGCAGCUGUCCAUGCAUUCCCCUGCUUUGCAAGAAACUGACACAGCAGAGCUGAACUGUCAACACAAUGUGGCAAACAACAGAAUGGAGAAAGGGAGUCUGCUUGGUGUACACCAAUGGAAGGAGCCCAGAGACACCAGCAGAAACCAUAUUCUGUUAGUGGACAGUCUGGCCUUUGAGAACCACAAAGAACCUGAAGACAGCCUCACCAUUAAAACUUCUGAUCAAAAUACCAAGAAUUAUAUUGGUGAUCUCAAUGUAGCUCUUAAAGAACUUGCCAGAGUCAGUGAAGAAUUAUGCAGCUAUCAAGAGGAAAUUCGAAAGAAAUCCAAUCACAGAAGAAUGAAGUCACUUCCUUUCCUGGGGGAAUUUGAGGAAACCCAAAACACAGUUAUUCUGCCUGAGAUGAACCAUGUGUCCAGCAAUGAAUCACAGACUUCAGUUGCUUUUGAAACAGAGGAACAUAAUAAUAGAAAGAAUCUGAUGAGCUCCACCAAGGCUUUGAAGGACAUUUCUUAUGGUAGUCUUACUGGUGGCAUAGGAACAGAUUUCAGACCCUGGCAAAAGAAAGAAGCUCCACCAGUUCCUCCACGGAGCACUUCUCGGCACCUAACUAACUCACUUUCUGCAGUCAUACAGCUUUCAGAAGCACCCGUAAGAGAUCCAGGCAUCAAAAGCAAUUGCAAGGCUCAGGAUUGUUGGUAUGGGGGGAAACUGAGGAAUCCUUCACCUGUAAACAAAAAUCAAUCUGCAGUAGCCUGUGCAAAUGAAGGUCAGGCUGUGAAAGUCCCUGUGAUGGUAACUGCUGCAAUACCUGUAACCAAAAAUGAGUGCAAUGUUCCAACAAAUUUUUGCCACAACACAUGGGCAUAUGAUAUGGGCAAGCUUGGAAAAGACAAUAAAAAUGAGCCUUCCCCACUGUCAGCCCAAAAGAGUUGUUCAGAUGGAAAUAUGGCCCAAAGCAACAAGAUGCAUCAGAAACAAAACACAAAGUCUCACAGCAGCCCUUUUUACAGUAAUGACUUUUAUGCCCCUGCUACCUCACACAAUGAUCUUUUGGAAGACGCCAGGUAUCCUUUGGGAAAGACCCAAAGGAAUGAAACGCUAGCAGCAAAGAUUGAUGAGUUUAAUCGGACUAUAUUUCACACAGAUAAACGUAACAAUGCUCUGCAGGAAAAUCAGGUGUCUCAAACAGCAUCAGAAGAUCACAAACCCUGUGUGACUCUGUGUGACUCUGCUGCUAGCAGGGCAGAAACUGUAAAUACAUCUUGUGUUUCAAAUCCCAAGCUCUCUGCAACAAAGGAGCAAGAAACUAACAACCCCAGCAAAGCUGUCAGGACAGCAGGGCAACAAAAACACAUGAAUGGACUUCCAAAUACUAGUGGUUAUAGGCACAUGCUUCACGAGCAUGACUGGAGACCAAGUAAUUUAUCCGGCCGCCCGCGUUCAGCUGACUCAAGGUCCAACUAUGGUGUUGUUGAAAAGCUUUUGAAAAACUAUGAAAAAUCAACUGCGACUUCUCCGUGUAAUUCAAAAUGCUGCAAAGAUAAGAGGACACAGGCAAAUUCUGAAUUCACCAAUGGGGGUUGCGAGACACUGAGUCAGUAUUUAGAAAUGCUCCAGAUUGAGCAAGAAAAACAAGACUUCCCAAGGAAUUCAGCCAGGCAUAUUGGGCAGCAACUCAAGCAAGGAAAAGAGAGACAGAAGUUACCAGAGCAACCAGUUCCACACUGUUGUGUUUUGUCCAAGAGUGACCCCCACCACAUGCCGGACAAAGCAUUCUGA